ACCUUGGGGUGUUUUAGGUGUGUUUUAAGUGUGAUUACACUAACUCGGGGUGUGUUUUAGGCACUGCAUGUCCCCUUCAGAGCUCUAUUUAAGCAGAAGACUCUCCAAACACGUCUCACUUUUCCAGCUUUGACCAGACGAGCUGCUCUUGAAAAGACUUUCAGACUGCAGUCAUUCAUAUCGAUUUAAUUCCAAGAUGUCCGACACAAUGAAUCUAGAGCUUAUUGGUGGACAAGGAGGUAAUGCAUUCUCAUUUACUGGUGAGAACAACGGUGCCAGUUUAGAGAAGAUCGGAGUCUGGUUGGGAGAAUGGCAGGUGAAGGCUGUCAGGGUCUGGCUUUCAGAUGGGAGAGUCGAAACCUUUGGAGUCGGUUCUGGACCGUAUCAAGAGUUCAAGUUCACUCCUGGUGAGUGUUUCACCUCACUGUCCCUGUGGGGGAACGGAGCAGGAACACGUCUUGGAGCCAUCAAAUUCAGGACCAGUCUGGGGAAUGAGUUUUUUGCAAAGAUGACAAGCUGGGGUUUAAAAACCGAAUAUCCCAUGGAUGUCGGCUCUGGGUAUUGUUUGGGAGUUGUAGGAAGAGGUGGUUCUGACAUUGACGCCAUGGGAUUCUUGUUUCUCAAAGCAGUUGAAUCAACAGUUCUCACCGAUGUCCACUAUCCCACUAUCCACCAACUGAUACCAAAGGUGGCAGUAGAAGAAAUCAAAUCCCUCAGCUUCAGGAACGACUCCUCCACCACUCAAAAACAAAAAGUUGAAAGCUCAAAGAAAAUAACUAAGACAUCUUCAUGGUCUGUGAGUGCAAGUUUAUCUUCAACAUUUAGUAUGGAAGUGCAGGCUGGGGUUCCAGGGCUUGGUGAAGUUACUGCAGGAUUCAGUGUCACCUUGGGAAUUGAAAGCUCUUAUAGUCAGCAGCACUCAGAUGAGAGAACCGAAACUCUGUCUACAGAUGUAGAUGUGCCACCAGGGAAGAAGCUGGACGUUUCCGUCACCAUUGGCAGAGCCAGUUUUGACCUGCCAUACACCGGCACAGUGAAGAUGACCUGCAAGAACGGCAGUGUGUUUGCCUAUGGAACCAAGGGCACAUACAAAGGCGUCACUUACACUGAUAUCAAAGUGGAGACCAAGGAAUCUCCUCUGUAAUGUCAAGCCAGAUUGCACAUGGAAUGCACACGUUGCAAUAUAUCAGUUGCUUUACAUAUAGGCCUCAUUGUAUUUUUGGUGUGGUGUUUGGGUUUUCAGGGGAAAUAUUCAAUAUUACUACUGUCACCUUUGGUCUUGUCUUCAAAUAACCUUAUAUAAUACCAAUAGAAAUAUAGUCAUAUAGCUUCAUACUUUUUGUAAUCACUUAAAAAUAAUCUUAAAAUAUAAACCAGACUGAUUCUGUAAUACUGUGUUUAAAAUGAAAUUGAAUAAACAAUACUUUACAAUUUGAAAUAAA